CCAUAUGCCAUUAAAAUCUCACAUGAAGAUUUUCAUGGAAACAUCCUGCUGGCUGCAGAGACUGAGAUUGAGCAAAGCCAGUGGCUGGAAAUGCUGCAUGAAUCUGGCAAAGUGACCUGGCAGAACGCCCAGCUGGGAGAGGCGAUGAUUGGAAGCCUGGAAGCUCAGGGCCUGCAGCUAGCUAAAGAGAGACAGGAGUAUUUUGAUAAACUGAUGACGGAGACAGAGGAGCUGUGCUCACAACGCGAGCAGAAAGAGGAACUAGAGAGAAUAAAUCAGGUCUUGGAGACUGAAAAGAGCCAUUUUGAAGAUCUGGUUCAAGAGCUCAGGGUUGAACAAGAAAAGAUCAAGCAUGACCUGGAGCUGACUGUCCACCAUCUGAAGGGGGUAGGAGAGGAGAAACAAGAGCUUUGCAGCCUCACACAGCACUUGCACAGGACAAUAGAGGAGCUGUCUGUGGAGAAGCAGAGGACUAUCGCCAUAAUGGAAGCCAGUGAAGAUCCACGCCAGCCUUCAGCAAUUGUAGCGAGCAUCCUAGACAAGGUCUCCAUAGCAAUCUGCAGCAGAUUGAAAGCAAGAUGCAAGUGUUACUGGAGGAGAAGCUUCAGGCUGAAACCAGGAUGAAGGAAAAUGAAGAGCGAUUUCGAGUCCUGGAAGAAGAGCGGGCGUUCUUCGUCUCUGAGUCUCAGGCC